AUGAGCAUGAACUUGGCUUCCAUGGACAUCAACCAGUGCAGUCGGCGUGGCGCUGACGAGACUGAAGAUGAAGGAAUCAAUCGAUUUUUUCGUGGAACACAUGUCUGUCCUUCUUAUUCAGUGUGUACACCAAUAAAACAUUAUGGCUUACGAGACGGCGGAUACAAGUGCUCGUGCAAGUCAGGAUAUGCCAGCCUACUGCCAUCCACCGCUCCACCUUUGCGUAUUGUCGCAAGUUGGGGUAAAGAUGUGAAGAGCAACAUCCCAGCAACAACAACGGAAACAACAACCUUAACAGAGACAACACAACAAAUUACCGAUAUCUCAUGCUUUAAAUGUUCUGCUUAUUUCUGUCAUGAGCUCUGUCUGGAGUCGAUGAACUGCACAAAAAUAAGAUUGCCCCACAUCUCUGAUUAUGUUGUUGUAACUCUACUCAGUAUUCAUGUUUUCGUCAUGUUCGCUGUCCUGCUUCCCGCUGCUCUCAUCAUCAAAAUGAGGAGGAUCAAAUUUGGCGCUUACGAUCCAACUCAAGUCUAUCACCUGAUUAGAAAACAGAGAUGGGCAAUUCAGUUGAAGUUACAAACACGGGUGGCACUUGAAUACCUGGAAGCCACAAAAAUCACAUGUGUGUUAAUACCAUGGUUCCGAGAAAUCGGCUUUAUCACUUUGUACGCCUCAAUCAUGCUAAAAGUUCAUAGAGUGAGGGUAGAGUCUCAGUCCCGGCAAGCACAGCGGGUCCUCCUUCGAGAUAAAGACUUACUUCGCUACUUGGCGGUCAUCUUGUUCCUAGCAGCUUGUCAGAUGGCUGCGUGGACGGCCAUGCAAAUUGGUCGAGAAGUGAACGAAACUGAAUGGAGCGGCAACGUUUGCGGAGUUGGAUGGUGGCACUUUGUUGUUCAAGUUGUUUUUAAAAACGCCCUGAGUUUAUACCGCGAUAGGAAAAUUCUGUUGCACGGUUUUUUUUUCAUGCAACCAAUUGAUGGCCUGACGUUAUUUGACGUUGUUGUUGUUGCCGAAUGUUUUCUCACUGAUCCUGUGGCAAGUUUAGGUUAA